ACAAUAGAUCAACCUUCUAAGCGUUCCAUCGAAGCAAGUUCUUUUACUUCAAGUGUAAAGUCGCGAAGAUUUGGAAAGUAUCAACUCCCUCCCGCUCGCCACCCAUAUCGACGAGCCAACAAUGGCAACCCCGCUCUAUUCCGAGAUCCCCGCUUCGGUGCAGAAGAAACCCACACCAUUCAAAGUCUCUAUUUCGGACGAUGAAAUCGCCGAUUUCAGACAGCUGCUGAAGUUAUCUAGACUCCCGAAGAAAACUUAUGAAAAUCAACAGGAGGACCGUAGAUAUGGUGUAAGCCUUUCUUGGCUAGCUGAAGCGAAGAGAGUCUGGUUAGAGCAAUUUGAUUGGAAGAAAUCCGAAGCCCAUAUCAACAGCUUCCCCCACUUCACAACAACCGUCAACACAUCCAAUACACCCAUUCCUACACCCUCGUCUCCUAACAAGCCAGUCACUAUCUUCACAACACACACCGUUCAUUUCGUGGCUCUCUUCUCCACCAACCCAUCCGCCAUCCCCUUGGCGCUCUUCCACGGCUGGCCAGGCAGCUUCCUCGAAUUUCUCCCGAUCUUGUCGCUUCUGAAAGAGAAGUAUCCUGACCCCAGAGAUCUACCAUAUCAUGUCAUCGUUCCCAGUUUGCCGGGAUUCGCAUUCUCGAGCCCUCCACCAUUGGAUACGGAUUUCGAUGUGGGAAGUGUGGCGGCUAUUAUGAACCAGUUGAUGCUCGACUUGGGCUUCGGCCAUGGUUAUGUUGCGCAGGGUGGAGACAUUGGGAGCCGAAUCGUCAAGGUCCUGGGUGAUUCCAACUACCCAAGCUGCAAAGCCGUCCAUGUCAACUUCAACUACAUUGGUGCUCCACCUCCCGGAACAGAGCCGUCGACUCUCAACGCAAAGGAGAAAAUUAUGGUUGAGCGUGGCCAGGAAUUCAUCCGCACCGGUUCUGGCUAUGCCAACAUGCACGGCACCCGCCCCUCCACAAUAGGCGCCGUCCUCUCCUCCAGCCCGCUCGCCCUCCUCGCUUGGAUCGGCGAGAAAUUCCUCUCAUGGACAGACGACGACCCAAGUCUCUCGACAAUCCUAGAGAGCGUGACAUUAUACUGGUUCACGCAGAGUUUCGAAAGUAGUAUAUUUACUUAUCGAAGAGUAUGUGUGGUCUCCUGAUUUACAGAGGAUUGGGCUCCUGUCUGAUCAUGACUUAAUACCUCUCGUGAGAUGCUCUGAACGAGCACAAUGCACUGUUUCCUUCCCAAAUCCUGAUAUACUGACACGCAAACAGCGCUUCCUCUCACCCUCCCACCAACCUACUGAACCUAAAGUCCGCGUGCCCUUCGGCUUCUCGAACUUUCCGAAAGAACUGCUCCCAGUCCCGAAGAGUUGGGCUGAGACGGAGGGUUAUCUGGUGUUUUAUCGUGAGCAUGAGAAGGUGCGUUCUAUCAUAUAUUGCCCUUUUUGUUGCUGUUUUUUGGGGGGGAAUAAGGGCGAGAGGUUGAAAGGAGAGUGCUGACGAGCGGGAUACAGGGCGGACAUUUUGCUGCUUUAGAACAACCAAAGCUCUUGCUGGGUGAUGUCGAGGAAUUUAUCAAGCAAGUAUGGAAGGUGUAAAUGCAUUGGGCAGAGGGUCCCAUCAGUCUAGUAGUACACCACCUUCACUGAUGGAUGCUUGGGAUUUUCCCUUGCUGAUGGGAUCAUAAGGUCGGGUUUCGAAGGUUGGUCAUGUUUACUCUCCAAAACAAAGAUCGAAGUGUCACAGAAGCGAAUAAGAAUUUCCAUAAUGCGCUGGAGCAACGUGUCCCAAG